GAGAGAUAGGAACGUAGGCUCCCAUCCUGUCAAGCCUCCAUCCUUUUUUCCCUAGCCAUAUGAAUCCCUACACAUUUUCAGGAGGAUAGGAUGAAUUCAGAGGAUUUUUAAAACGGCGUUUCCCCCCUUUUUUCCCUCCCCCCUGCGCAGUGGAUGGUUUUUAAACAGCAGCAGACGCCCGAUCUUGUAAAGCAGGUGUGAGACACAGCGGCGAGCGCUCAUCUCCUCCCUGUUUCCAAGGGGAAAUGUCGAGCGAGAAGCCGGUUUCAGCACCACCGGGUUCAGCUUCUUCGCUAACGGACACAGACAGAGACUCCCAUCCUCCGCCGGGCUCCUCCACGCAGCAACCGCAGCAGAAGCAGGUCGCCGCGGGCGCUGGCUCCGGCUCCACGGGGGAAAGGAUGGUGUCUGCUGCCGGUUCUAUGGUUCUCCCGGCCGGGGUGAUCAACCCCGCUGUUCCGAUAAGGAAUAUCCAGAUGAAAUUUGCUGUGUUGGUGGGCCUGAUCCAGGUCGGGGAGGUUAGCAACAGGGACAUCGUGGAGACGGUCUUGAAUCUGCUGGUGGGCGGCGAGUUUGACCUGGAGAUGAACUUCAUCAUCCAGGAGGCGGAGAGCAUUGGCUGCAUGGUGGAGCUGCUGUCCCACUGCGAGGUGACGUGCCAGGCUGAGAUCUGGAGCAUGUUUACAGCCAUACUGCGCAAGAGUGUGCGCAACCUGCAAACCAGCACUGAGGUCGGACUCAUCCAGCAGGUGCUGCUCAAAAUGAGUUCUGUGGACGACAUGAUCGCAGAUCUCUUAGUGGACAUGCUAGGAGUCAUGGCCAGCUACAGCAUCACAGUCAAGGAGCUGAAGUUGCUCUUCAGUAUGCUGAGAGGAGACAACGGCAUCUGGCCGAGACAUGCCAUCAAGCUCUUGUCAGUGUUGAACCAGAUGCCUCAGAGACACGGUCCUGAUACUUUCUUCAAUUUUCCAGGACGCAGUGCUGCGGCUAUAGCAUUGCCCCCAAUUGCCAAAUGGCCGUACCAGAACGGAUUCACUAUCAACACUUGGUUCAGGCAGGAUCCACUCAACAACAUCAAUGUGGAUAAAGACAAACCAUACCUCUAUUGUUUUCGCACCAGUAAAGGAAUUGGCUAUUCUGCUCACUUUGUGGGAAACUGUCUCAUCGUGACAUCAUUGAAGUCAAAAGGAAAAGGCUUUCAGCACUGUGUGAAAUAUGAUUUUCAACCUCGCAAGUGGUACAUGAUCAGCAUCGUCCACAUCUACAACCGCUGGAGGAACUCAGAGAUCCGUUGCUAUGUCAACGGUCAACUGGUCUCCUAUGGUGAUAUGGCCUGGCAUGUCAACACUAAUGAUAGCUAUGACAAAUGUUUUCUGGGUUCAUCAGAGACAGCAGAUGCCAACAGGGUUUUUUGUGGUCAGCUGGGAGCUAUUUAUGUUUUCAGUGAAGCUCUCAAUCCAGCUCAGAUCUUCGCCAUUCAUCAACUCGGCCCAGGAUACAAGAGCACUUUCAAGUUCAAGUCAGAGAGCGAUAUCCACCUGGCUGAGCACCACAAGCAGGUGCUGUAUGAUGGCAAGCUGGCCAGCUCCAUCUCCUUCACGUACAACGCCAAGGCGACGGAUGCCCAGCUGUGCUUGGAGUCGUCACCCAGGGAAAACCCUUCCAUCUUUGUACACUCACCACAUGCACUCAUGCUACAGGAUGUGAAGGCCAUUGUAACCCACUCCAUCCACAGUGCAAUCCACUCUAUAGGAGGCAUCCAGGUCCUGUUCCCACUCUUUGCUCAGCUGGACUACAAGCAGCUCAAUGACAGCAGUGUGGACACCACCGUCUGCGCUACUCUGCUGGCAUUCCUGAUGGAACUGCUGAAAAGCUCUGUGGCCAUGCAGGAGCAAAUGUUGGGAGGAAAAGGCUUUCUGGUGAUUGGGUAUCUGCUUGAGAAGUCGUCACGCGUCCACAUCACCAGGGCGGUACUUGAACAGUUCCUGUCCUUCGCCAAGUAUCUGGAUGGUUUACCUCAUGGAGCGCCACUCCUCAAACAGCUCUGUGACCAUGUCCUCUUCAAUGCUGCCAUCUGGAUACACACCCCUGCCAAGGUUCAGCUAUCCCUCUACACGUACCUGUCAUCGGAGUUCAUCGGCACCGCCACCAUCUACACCACCAUUCGUCGCGUCGGCACUGUCCUGCAGCUCAUGCACACUCUAAAGUACUACUACUGGGCCAUAAAUCCUUUGGAGUGCAGCGGAAUCACCCCUAAAGGUCUUGAUGGACCACGGCCAUCCCAGAAGGAGAUCAUCUCACUCAGAGCCUUCAUGCUCCUUUUCCUCAAACAACUCAUACUGAAGGACCGAGGUGUGAAGGAGGACGAACUUCAGAGCAUCCUCAACUAUCUGUUGACCAUGCAUGAGGAUGAGAAUAUCCAUGAUGUGCUCCAGCUGUUAGUGGCUCUUAUGUCUGAACACCCGGCGUCCAUGAUCCCUGCGUUUGACCAGAGAAAUGGCAUAAGGGUAGUUUGCAAGCUUCUGGCCUCUAAGAGUGAGAGCAUCCGGGUUCAGGCCCUCAAAGUCCUGGGCUACUUCCUGAAGCACCUUGGUCACAAGAGGAAGGUGGAGAUCAUGCACACUCACAGUCUGUUCACCCUGCUGGGAGAAAGGCUGAUGAUGCACACCAACACAGUUUCUAUCACCACCUACAACACUCUGUAUGAGAUUCUGACAGAGCAAGUCUGCACUCAGGUGGUUCACAAACCCCAUCCUGAGCCUGACUCCACUGUCAAGAUUCAGAAUCCCAUGAUUCUGAAGGUAGUAGCUACCCUGCUGAAGAACUCCACCCCCAGCGCAGAGCUGAUGGAAGUCAGGCGACUCUUUCUCUCCGACAUGAUAAAACUCUUCAGCAACAGCCGUGAAAAUCGACGCUGCUUGCUGCAGUGCUCUGUGUGGCAGGACUGGAUGUUUUCCCUGGGAUACAUCAACCCCAAGAACCCUGAGGAGCAGAAAAUAACUGAGAUGGUGUACAACAUCUUUAGGAUCCUUCUCUACCACGCUAUCAAAUAUGAAUGGGGAGGGUGGAGGGUCUGGGUAGAUACCCUGUCCAUUGCACACUCCAAGGUGACCUAUGAAGCCCAUAAGGAAUACUUGGCUAAGAUGUAUGAAGAGUACCAGCGUCAGGAGGAGGAAAACAUGAAGAAGGGAAAGAAAGGCUCCGUGUCCACAAUUUCUGGCCUCUCAGCUGCACCAGCCCCUGUAGUCAAUGGCAACCUGGAAAUCGAUGAUAACUCCCAAACACAAACACCUGAGAGUGAGGCUGAAUACAGCGAAGGGGCUGGCGGAGACUCCCGCAACCUCCUCGCAGAUGGUACUGUGAAACGACCAAAUGGAGAAGCUCUGACACCAGGGGAGCAGAGCGCUGGUCCAGGGGUGAGGGUUGAGGUCCACGAUCUUCUGGUAGACAUUAAAGCUGAGAAAGUAGAGGCCACAGAGGUGAAGUUGGAUGACUUGGACCUGUCUCCAGAAGGACUUAGUGGAAGUGUAGGUGGAAGCAGUGUGGGUGGAGUGGGGAUGGAAAACGGACCUCUGGUGGAGGUGGAUUCUCUCCUGGACAGUGCUUAUUGUUCUGUGGUUCAGAAUCUAAAUGGGAAUUUGGCACCCAAAGAGGAUACUUCAGGCUCAGGGGUUGGAAUAGGAACAAGCCUGGGCCUUUCAGGAGUCAGCUUGGAGGAUGAUGGAAACAUGGGUCCACUCAUCACAUUAGCUGAUGAGAAAGACAGCGUUCCAAGCAAUAAUGGAUUUCUUUUUAGCAAGGUUGAUGAGAAGUUGCUUCCAGCUCUGGCAGCCACAGACUCCCUUGUGCUGCCGAGUCCAGACCAGCCCACCGCAUCAGGCUCAGUCCCUGCUCACUCCACCAUCAGCGCCAGCGAUGACCUCAGCCUGCUGGCCCACAUGACCAGCUGUGGCUCUGAUUUAACACAGACUCAGACCCACACUUCUAGUGAACUUCCAGAGGAUGGACCCUUUAAGAUUCAGAGCCCUCUUGCUGACAUCAGCUCCAUUGCUGAAGCUGAGAGCCAGACACAAAUUCAAGGAGCUUCUAGGCCAGAUUUCCCAGAGGGAGAGAAUACAUCUGGGGCAGAGGGAGAGUCUGCUGGACUUAAGACUGGAGGAGACACAGCCAGCACCACCUCUGAUACAGAGAGGUCAGAUGAUGGGAAAGACAAGGAAUCAAAGAAGAUCCAAACUACAGCAACUACUCAGGCCCUACAUGGCCGUAGCGCAUCCCAGCUGGAGCGGGACCUGCGCGUCGAUCUUGGUUUCAGGGGUAUGCCCAUGACGGAAGAGCAGCGGCGUCAGUUCAGCCCCGGCCCGCGCACAACUAUGUUCCGUAUCCCAGAAUUCAAGUGGUCGCCAAUGCACCAGAGGUUGCUCACUGACCUCCUGUUUGCCCUGGAGACAGACGUGCACGUAUGGAGGAGCCACUCUACUAAGUCGGUGAUGGAUUUUGUGAACAGCAAUGAGAACAUCAUCUUCGUCCACAACACAAUCCACCUCAUUUCUCAGAUGGUGGACAACAUCAUUAUUGCCUGUGGAGGCAUCCUGCCUCUUCUGUCAGCUGCCACCUCCCCUUCUAGUUCUAAGAGUAGUGCCAACACUAAGGCAGGAGGAGCCGGACCCCAGAGGGGUUCAAAGGGAGAGGAGGUUACCCCUGUUCCUGGGGGAGGAGGCGUAGGGGAAGAGACUGAGUUGGAGAACAUUGAGGCAACACAGGGCAUGUCUUCAGAGACCGCGGUCACUUUCCUGUCUCGUCUGAUGGCCAUGGUAGACGUACUGGUGUUUGCCAGUUCCCUCAACUUCAGUGAAAUCGAAGCAGAGAAAAACAUGUCAUCAGGAGGGCUGAUGAGGCAGUGCCUUCGCCUCGUGUGCUGUGUGGCAGUUAGAAACUGCCUGGAGUGCAGGCAGAGACAGAGAGAUCGGAGUUGCAAGUCCUCAUUAACCAGCAGCAAGUCACAGGACAGCCUCCACAGUGCCUCCACCGCCAGCAAGCAGGAUCCAGACAGACUCUUGCAGGAUGUAGACAUCAAUCGUCUUCGAGCUGUGGUUUUCAGAGAUGUGGAUGACAGUAAGCAGGCUCAGUUUCUAGCCCUGGCAGUCGUUUACUUUAUCUCAGUUCUCAUGGUGUCUAAGUACCGAGAUAUUUUGGAACCUCAGCGAGAGAUUGGCAGGUCUACAAGCCUAUCGGGAAGAAGCAUCCGCCAUGAGAUUAACUCCCCAACCAGCACAGAACAUCCAUCCUCUGCUUUCUCUGAUCGGGACAAACAGACUCCCACCCCGGUGGAUGACUCUCCCCGGGCUGGCCUCCCGCAUACAGACUCAGGCAUCGGAGAAGAGGGUCACGUGGCUGGAUCCCUUAAUGGCUCAGAGAUGGGUCUGGGACUUGGUUUAGGUCUAGUGGGGAGAGAGACAGACAGAGACAGAGAUAGAGACAUUGGAGGAGGAGGGGGAGGCAUAGGAGGUGGAAGUGGGGGAGGAGGCACAGAUCUUUUGUGCAGCCUGUCAGAUGUUCGGAGGUCGCAGGAGAGCCUACUAGAUUCUCCCCACAAUCCCAGUUCCACCCCCAACUCCAGCCAAGCCCCACCUUCAUCCAUCUCUAGCAUCAGUCAAACAAACAAAGGCAUUAAUGUUAAGGAAAUCCUGAAGAGCUUGGUGGCAGCUCCCAUCGAUGGUGCAGAGUUGGGACAGGAGUCUGGACCAACACCAUACCAUCCAGACCCUGCCUUAAAGACACACCCAAUGCUGCCCAUGCAGUUCCACUCCUUUGACAGGAGUGUUGUGGUCCCAGUGAAAAAGCCACCACCUGGCAGCCUGUCAGUCAACACUGUUGGCACUCCCACCACCAGUGGAUCAGCCACUGCAGGCAGCACCCCCAACAUCUUUGCUGCCGCAACAGCAACACCCAAGAGCAUGAUCAACACUACAGGUGCCACAGACUCUGCCUCCUCAUCUUCCUCCUCCUCUUCGUCAUUUGUUAAUGGUGCAACUAGUAAGAAUUUGCCAGCAGUGCAGACAGUGGCCCCCAUGCCAGAGGACACCAUGGAGAAUAUGAGUGCCUAUUGUGAGGUGGCGCAGUGUGCGCUGCGCAGCGGUCAGACGCCCCCUGAGCUCAAGUCUUUUAGCUCUCUGGCAGGCUUCCAGGCAGCUCCCCGAGAUGCAGGACAGUGUUUUAGCAUCACAACCAAGCUGGAGCGUGCUCUGGAGAAAGUGGCCCCCCUGUUGAGAGAGAUUUUUGUGGAUUUUGCUCCUUUCUUGUCAAGGACACUGCUGGGUAGCCAUGGGCAGGAACUGCUCAUUGAAGGUACAGGUCUGGUGUGUAUGAAGUCCAGCACGUCUGUGGUGGAGCUCGUAAUGCUGCUCUGUUCUCAGGAGUGGCAGAACUCCAUUCAGAAGAACGCUGGACUGGCCUUCAUUGAGCUCAUCAAUGAGGGAAGGCUGCUGUGCCAUGCCAUGAAGGAUCAUAUAGUGCGUGUUGCCAAUGAAGCAGAGUUCAUCCUGAACAGACAGAGGGCUGAGGAUGUGCACAAACAUGCUGAAUUUGAGUCUAACUGCGUCCAGUACGCUGCAGACCGGAGAGAGGAGGAGAAAAUGUGUGAUCACCUCAUCAGUGCAGCGAAGCACAGAGAUCAUGUGACUGCCAACCAGCUGAAACAGAAGAUCCUCAACAUCCUGACCAAUAAGCACGGAGCAUGGGGGACAAUGUCACAGAGCCAGCUACAUGACUUCUGGCGCCUGGACUACUGGGAGGACGACCUGAGGAGGAGACGGAGAUUUGUGCGAAAUGCUUUUGGCUCCACUCAUGCUGAUGUGUCACUCAAAGCUCUAGAUGACUACAGUACAGAGGAGGAGGAGGAGGGAGUGAAGUCAAAGAAGAAUUUCCGCAGUCAGUCGGUGGUCACCCAGAACCCGGAGGCAGAGUUGAUGCUGGAGGGGGACGAUGAUGCUGUUAGUCUGCUGCAGGAAAAAGAGAUAGAUAAUCUUGCUGGUCCUGUGGUUCUGAGUACUCCAGCUCAGUUGGUAGCUCCAGUGGUGGUGGCUCGAGGCACUCUGUCCAUCACCACAACUGAGAUCUACUUUGAGGUCGAUGAGGAGGAUCCCACUUUCAAAAAGACAGAUGCUAAAGUUCUGGCUUACACAGAGGGGUUGCAUGGCAAAUGGAUGUUCAGUGAGAUCCGAGCUGUGUUCUCCAGACGUUUCCUCCUGCAGAAUACUGGAUUGGAAGUUUUCAUGGCCAACAGAACAUCUGUGAUGUUUAACUUCCCCGACCAGGCCACUGUUAAAAGGGUAGUCUACAGCCUCCCACGGGUGGGGGUGGGAACGAGUUAUGGAUUGCCACAAGCCAGGCGUAUUUCCUUGGCCACCCCUCGUCAGCUCUUCAAGUCAUCCAACAUGACGCAGCGUUGGCAGAGGAGAGAGAUCUCCAACUUUGAGUACCUCAUGUUUCUUAACACUAUUGCAGGGAGGACCUAUAAUGAUCUGAACCAGUACCCUGUCUUCCCCUGGGUCCUGACUAACUAUGAUUCAGAGGAGCUCGAUCUCACUCUGCCAGGCAACUUCAGAGACCUUUCCAAGCCAAUCGGUGCACUGAAUCCAAAGCGGGCAGCAUUUUAUGCAGAACGCUAUGAGACGUGGGACGAUGACGGCACACCUCCUCACCACUACACAACUUUAUACUCCACUGCUCAUUCAACUCUGAUGUGGAUGCUCAGAAUAGAGCCCUUUUCCACGUUUUUCCUCAACGCUAACGAUAGUAAGUUUGACCAUCCAGAGAGAGCCUUUUCUGGUAUCGGCCGUGCAUGGAGGAACUGCCAAAGAGACACGGCUGAUGUCAAGGAGCUGAUCCCAGAGUUCUACUACUUGCCAGAGAUGUUUGUCAACAGUAAUGAAUAUGAGCUGGGUGUGCGUGAUGAUGCAGUUCCUGUGUGUGAUGUGGAGCUUCCUGCCUGGGCCAAGAAACCUGAAGAUUUUGUCCGAAUUAAUCGCAUGGCACUGGAGAGUGAGUUUGUGUCGUGCCAGCUCCACCAGUGGAUUGACUUAAUUUUUGGCUACAAGCAGCGAGGGCCAGAAGCUGUCCGAGCUCUCAAUGUGUUCAACUUCUUGUCCUAUGAAGGAGCAGUCAACUUAGACAAUCUGGAUGUUGUGCAGCGUGAGGUGAUAGAGACCCAGAUUCAGGUCAGCGGUCAAGUCCCCUCCCAGCUGCUGAUAGAGCCACAUCCACCUCGCUCCUCUGCCAUGCACCUGUGUUUCCUUCCUCAGAGCCCUCUGAUGUUUAAGGAUCAGAUGCAGCAGGAUGUCAUCAUGGUGCUCAAGUUCCCCUCCAACUCCCCGGUAACGCAUGUCGCAGCCAACACUCUCCCCCACCUCAGCAUACCAGCAGCCGUCACCGUCACAUGCAGUCGACUGUUUGCCGUAAACCGCUGGCACAACACAGUCGGCCUCCGUGGAGCUCCAGGAUACUCCCUAGAGCAGGCUCAUCAUCUACCCAUUGAGAUGGACCCUCUCAUAGCAAAUAACUCAGGCGUGAACAAGCGUCAGAUCACUGACCUGGUGGACCAGAGCAUCCAAAUCAACACACACUGCUUCGUGGUCACUGCUGACAACCGCUACAUCCUGGUCUGCGGCUUCUGGGACAAGAGUUUCAGAGUUUACUCCACUGAAACUGGAAAGCUGACCCAGAUUGUUUUUGGCCACUGGGAUGUGGUGACAUGUCUAGCUCGGUCAGAGUCUUACAUCGGAGGAGACUGCUACAUCGUGUCAGGCUCCAGAGAUGCCACUCUUCUUCUGUGGUACUGGAGUGGACGACACCACAUUAUUGGAGAUAACCCCAACAACAGUGACUACCCUGCUCCCAGGGCAGUGCUGACAGGGCAUGACCACGAGGUGGUGUGUGUAUCUGUCUGUGCAGAGCUGGGAUUGGUUAUAAGUGGAGCCAAAGAGGGCCCGUGCCUGGUCCACACUAUCACAGGGGACUUGCUCAGGGCUCUGGAGGGUCCAGAGUUGUGCCAGCGGCCGCGUCUCAUCUCGGUGUCCAGCGAGGGGCAUUGCAUCAUCUACUAUGAGAGAGGCCGAUUCUGCAACUUUAGCAUAAAUGGAAAACUGCUGGCACAAAUGGAAGUCAAUGAUUCUUCACGGGCCAUCUUAUUGAGUAGUGAUGGGCAGAACUUGGUGACAGGAGGUGAUAAUGGAGUUGUGGAGGUGUGGCAAGCGUGCGACUUCAAACAGCUUUACAUCUAUCCAGGCUGUGAUGCUGGCAUCCGUGCCAUGGAUCUCUCACAUGAUCAGAGGACUCUGAUCACUGGCAUGGCAUCCGGCAGCAUUGUGGCAUUCAACAUAGACUUCAACCGCUGGCACUAUGAACACCAGAACAGGUACUGAGGUGGACAGUGUGAGGAAGAAGGAGGUUGGAGAGAGGAGAGAGACAUUCUUCUGUGUAUCUGCAACACGGGGAAUCCACAGGUACCAAGACAGAAAAAGUAAAGUACCAGAACUUAGGCUCUAUUCCCUUGAUUUGAGGAUACGACAGUGCUGGCGGAAACGGCUUCCUCUGUGCAUACGUAUAUGUACAUGCACAUUGUGUAACCACAGACACAUCAUACCUAGAAGAUCCACACCAAACCCUGCUAAUACAAUAGAAUGACUGCAACGUGGGGACGAAGAGCAAGCCAAGCAGACCGUGCAGAGGUCGAUUAUACUGGUACGACUCACAGGACAGGUCCAGUUGCUGUUCCUGGUACGUUUAAAUCUUCACAGACACUGAACUUAAAUCUUAUUUUCUCUGGUUUUUUUUCUGUUAAAAAACAGAACUUUAAUUUAAGCAGAGUUUCGUUCAUAAUUAUUUGGGUGGACAAUAAAUUGGGAUUCCUGCAAUGUAUCUAAACUGAUUAGAAAUGGUCAGAAAUGCACCAGCUCCAACCUUAAUUCUGAAACUGGUGCUAUUGGCUUGAUCUUAAAUUUAACAUUGAAAAAUUACAUUUUUUUGGGGGGGGGGGUGAUCUGCCUGGGUUGAUUUUAUUUGGUCUCUUACCCGCAGCAGAGUUUAAUAUGAUUUUCAUGUAAAUAAGACUCUGCGUCCUUCAGAGUCUCACUUGUUCUUUCACUACACAAACUGCGCUUAUCACCUUUAAUUUAUUAAUGACUUUCUGUAUGUAAGAUACUGUGUAAUAAUUAUUAUAAUGUUGACAAGACUGAUGGUAAUAAUGGUGGUCUCGAGGAUGGUGAUUGUUUUGCCGGAGAAGGUAAUGAUGAGGAGAUCUUGCCUGUGCCACCGAGGAUGACAGACACAAGACUGACCUGAUUUCCUUUGUAUAUUUGGUGAUUGUUUUGUCAAAUAUGUACAUAUAGUCUUGGUUCAGGCUUGGCGGGAGACUUACUCAGCUGAAUGAGACUGAAAGUGCAAAGGAAACCUUCACUUACCCACAUUUGUUGAUUAUUUAAAAAAAAGAGAAUCAAAUCAAUGUAAAAGUUUGUUUUGUAUUUGCACUUUGCACCAAUCACAUAUCAUUAUUUAUUAGCUUGGUUCUCUCUGAUCGGCUGCCAUUUCGUUUAGGUCCAUUUUUCUUUGGGAUUAUUUGUGCAUUGAUGUUUGUAUUUAAAAACGUUGAACUCAUAUGUGAUUCUUAGUUUUACAACCUCACAGUUGUAAGCAAUAUCAUGAUUCUGUAGCGGAUAGAGGCGAGACGAUGGGGGGAGAGAGGAUGACAUGUGAGAUGUACCGUAUGUGUGAAGCCAUCUUGAUCAAACGCGCACAUGCACAUACUCUAUCGACAGGUUCAACUUACGUAUCCAAAAAAAAAAAAAAGGUUAAAUAUUUUUGGAUCUAUGAAACCCUAAAAACUAUUGUAUUCAUGUUUUAUUGCAAAGAUGUAAAAUAUGACAUGUGUGAGUUGGAAAAAAUCAUGAUAAGAAAAAUAAAAUAUGCAAAGAA